AUUGCCAGUUGUUUUGCUGUUUCCACUGACAUAUCUAUUUUGUUAUUUGAAGUUCAAACUUAAUCUAGCACGUUCAAAGAGACACAGAGCAUUAGUUACAUCCAUAGAAAUAAUUAUGCUGUGAUAUUUUUAAAUAUUAACAAUGGUGGUAAACGCACCAGAUUCUCCUAUACAGGCUGAAGUGAUAUUUGUAAUAGAAGCAACGUCAGUGAACAGCGCUUUCAUAAAUGAACUGAAAACAAACUACAUUAUACCCACACUCGAAUAUUUUCAUGGUGGUGCUUUAGAGGAGGGUGUGGGCAGUGGUUCAGUGUAUGGGGUAGUGGCCUACCAAGCUGCGGACUGUCACCCUGGUUCCCCUGUCUCAACAUUUGGUCCAUUUACUUCACCGGAGACAGUUAUAGACACAGUUGAUAAUAUACAGUUCAUAGGUGGUCAUGCGGAAAGCCGAGCUUGUGUCACUGAAGCCCUAACCGUGGCGCUAUCAUGCCUCGAGGAGUUGGGUCGCACUGAUAUACCUAUGCAUGUGGUGCUACUGUGCUGUUCACCGCCCUACUCUGCCUACAACGGUGGCCUGGUGCCAGCUGGUGCUCCAGCGACGGUGGAGCAAGCUGGCAGACUCAUAGCCGAGCGCGGCGUCCAGCUGUCGAUAGCAGCUGCUAAACGCUUGCCAGCGCUGCUAGCGCUUUACGAGCACGCUGGUGGUGAACUGCAUACAGCGCAACAGAGGAACUAUGCUAAGGAUCCUCGUCACCUGGUGCUACUUCGAGGGUACAGCCUUAAAGAGCGCCCGCCCAGCCCCGCCCCGCCGCCAGCACCGGACAUACAGACGGAUGUUUACGGUCAAAGCGCCGUUCGUACAACAGUGCCGGCGGCCCGCGCGUCAGGGCCCCAGUACCGUCCCGGAGGCCCGGCCCGCGGCUGGCUCGCCCCUCCGCCGAGACAGCAGUACGCUAACUCGGCUCUUCUCACACAACUGGCACAACCCUCAUGUCCGCCGCCCCCGAUACAGGCGAACAUCCAACGUAUGCAGCUCUUGCAGCCGGGUCCUUCGGGUCCGUUACAGAGGACGUACAUCUGGAGCGGAGUGCUGGAGUGGAUGGAGAAGGGGAAGACACCUGGGGAUCAGCAGAAGGUCACUAAGCUGCUGCCCUGCCAGGUAUCGGCGAACUCCAAGGACAUCGAGCCGGAGUUGAAGGUGGACACCUGGCCGAGCAAGUUGCUGAUGCAGUUGAUGCCGAAGCAACUGAUCAGCAACAUCGGAGGCCAAUACCUCAAGGACAGCAAGUCUGUGCUGUUCCAUCUGCAGCAGAACGAGGCUUUGGAUGCCCUCACCAAGGUUAUGGUCAACGGUUUUGCUGGAUGCGUACAUUUCUCUCCGAUGUCCUCACCACCGCAGUGCGACAUCAAAGUUUUGAUACUCUUGUACACAUCAGACAAAAAAGCUUUCUUGGGUUUCAUCCCGAACAAUCAAGCGACUUUCGUUGACAGGCUUAGAAAGGUGAUCCAACAACAGAAAAUGAACAAGCAAAUUCCGGUUCCGGUGAGCGCGGCCGCCAUGACCGGUAACAUGCCCGCCGCCACCAUGGCUGGUAACUCCCUCGGCGCUGGCAUAUCUCCUAAUUUAUCAAUGGGCGGAUCCCUCAGCGUCAACAACAUCAACAACCAACAGGGACAACAACACACGCAGGGUAUGAUAAUGGGAGGUGGAAUGGCCGGUCAGGUGGGUCAGGUGGGUCAAGUCAACCAGGUCGGACAAGUCAGUCAAGUCGGGCAAGUCGGUGGCAAGGGACCGCGCGGUGUUCCCCUGGACGGGCUGGAGGCGGCCAGGCAACAGAACCUGGAGAAGAUCCAGCACUUGCAGCAGACUCUGGAGGCCGCUCACCAACAGGAAGCACAGUUCAAAUCGCAGAUGGACAUCAUGUCGCAUUUACACGCGGCACAACAACAGGAACAACAUUACAAGCAUUUGGAGGAGCAGCAACGCAAGCAUCAACUGCAGCAUCAGUUGCAGCAACAACUCCGCGGAGCGCAGCGAGGCAUGAGACCCAUCAUGCCCACAAACCCUGGGCUUAGGCAUUUAUUACAACAGCAACAGCAGGCGGCGCGCGGCGGUCGUCCACACAUGUGAUGCAAACCACUAACAACCGCAGUAUCGCGCUGCGGGCACGGGCCGCCCGCCCGGACAGCAGUUCGAGGACGUGGCGAACUACAACGACUUCCUAUAAAAAUAUAAUAUUUUGACUA